AUGGAGAAGACAGAGACUGCUCACACUGCACAGCAGCCCACCUUGGAGUAAGUGUAGUCCAUAAAAAUACAAUGGUGUAGUCUCACCUAGUCCAUGAUAUGGUCACUACUAUAGUGAAUAUAGUCUCAAACAAUUAUAAAUAAAAGUGGAAUACCAAAGCAUGAGGAAAAUGCUUGUGCUCUGGUCUCAGUGACUCACAGAGCGAGUUGGACGAGGAAGAGGAUGAUGGCUUUGUUGGGGGGACCGGAGAGCAGUCAGACAAGGGACAGAGUGGCGCGGAGUCAGAGGGUGUGGAUGAAGAGGAUGACGACGAAGAUGAGAAAGAGGAGGUAACUUUGUUAGAAAGGACAUUGUAAUGUUUGGUCCAAUCCAGACAACUGUACAUUUGAUAUCAGAGAUUUAAUCACCUUCAGUUUAGGUAUAAAUGUGUCCCUCUCUCAUUAGGCGGGACCUGCAGCCCAACCCAAGGAGAAGGAUAGUGAGUAUUAUCACCAGUAACAUAUUUCUCUCUCUAUUCUGAAGUACACUGAUAAAGCACCAAUGACGUAAGUAACCAUUGUUGUGCUCUACAGAGGAUUCCUUUUCCCGGAAGCGUUCUAUCUGGGGUACCACCAAGUACAUCAGCAAGUGGAAAAUGGCCCAUCGGAGAGGCUACCACAUCAACUGCCUGACCGACGACCCAUACCGCAAGGCCAUGAUCAUGCAGCAAGAGCUGGACUGCAAAACCAGCGUAAGAGAUCCUAACCCCAACCUUAUUCCUUCAACUCUGCUCAAUGGUAGAAAGGGUAAUGCUGCUUGUGAGAGUUGCUGAUGACGUUGAUUAAUUGUGCAUAUCUUAGAUGUCCAUUACCCUGAAAGCUGAAUCAUGCAACUCUCUUCUUCAGAUUCCCCUCCCUAUGGUGUGUAUGAUUGAGAAGGAGACCCUGCAGAUUCUACAAAAUAUUGAGAAUGGUAAUCCCUGGUCAAAGUGUCUCUACACUUCAAUUUAUCUGAGCAUGAAAACUCUAGAAAGUCCUCUCCUCUCCCUACAUUCUCUGUGUUACUGUAGACUACAAGUACAAGUUGGGCGCCAGCCACCAUCUGACGAAAGAGCUCCAUGAGCGUAUUGAGAGCCUGAAGUGCCAGGUAUCCUCCAAGGUUAGGCACAGUGAGCCGGCCCCAGAGGUAGGAGUGCUGGCGACCCUGGUGGGGUGGUGCAGGGCACUAUCUGCUAUGCUGGGUUGGGGCAGUGGAGCCUCAGCUACUAAAGAUGAAGAGAACGCUCUACCCCGCAAGGAGCGUCCCCUUGAAACAGACGAGACAACAGAAUUAUAG